ACCCUGGAAAAGGUGUGGAAACUGAUGACGACAAAUACGCCGAAGAUGCUGAUAUGGCUGGUGUUUCUGUGGACAUGGACUCGCGAACUAGAAUUACGGCAUUGUUGUCGAAAUAUGGAGGCGCUGAAUACUUGGAAUCGACGCCUAAAGAACUGCUGUUCGCACAAACUGAGCAGUAUGUAGAGUACAGCAGAAAAGGGAAAGUGCUGAAAGGAGCAGAGCGCGCUCCUAUAAAGAGUCGCUAUGAAGAAGAUAAUUCGUAUUGUCUCAAGGAAGAAGGUCUAAAAGCAGAGCAAGCUGAACCUGCAGUUGCAGUUAAAGACAAAGAAGAACCAACUGCUGUGAUUGUUAAUCCACCCGAUGAGAAGCCCCUUAUCAAGCCAGAACAGAAUGUCUCGAAUGAGGCGAGCUCUUCAUCAGACUCUGGAGAGUCUUCUUCAUCCUCAUCAAGUGAAUCCGAAGAUUCUGAGAAGGAACGAGAAAUGGAAAGAGAACGGGAGCGGAGUAAGUUUUUGAUCUAUUUUCUUUGAAA